CCCCGGGCCCGGCACAUCCCGGCUGUCCCCUGGGCCCGGCCCGGCCCGGCGCUGCGGGGACGGGGGACACGGGCAUGGCCUCUGGGCCUGCGAGUGCUGCGGGACCUCCUCGGCUGAUCGCACAAGUUCUGCUCACUGGCUGCGAGAUCUCCUCAGCUGGAAUGUGGCACAGAGCGCUGCUGCUCUUUGUACAGAGAAUACUGGAGGCAGGGAAUGUGCACGGGCUGUACUCACUGGGAGCACUCCUUCAGACUGCCGGAGCUCACAGGAUCCUCUAGAUAGAAUUGGAAUGUAACUGUAGAGAAAAAUGUUCAUUUCUGACAACUUAGUUGUGGACUUUUAAUCAGAUUUGGAUUUCUGGAAGUACUACACCAUGACUUCAGCUGGGAAUGAGAUAGAAAGAUGGACUCACAGGCAAGGUGGCAGAACUGGGAAGCUGCUAGAGCCUGUGGCCUCUCCUGAAAAUGAUCAUCUUUUGUCAGUGAAGUCAAUCAGCAGCACGGACCUCCCUGGAAGGGCAGACUCUGCUUACAGCUCUUUCUCAGGAGGAUCAAACGUUCCAGAGUACCCCACACCAUCGUGCCACGGUGAAUCCUCCUGUGUGCCUCCAGAGCAGGGCCCGUACAUGGACUCCGAGUAUGUGACAGGAAUUUAUCAUCUCAGCGCUGCACACUCUGCCCUCAGACCCCCGCAGCCGAACACAGCACCAGGCCUGAGCACCCACAACAGCUCCCAGAGCUGCUGUGGAGGAAGUGCUCCUUCCCAAAGGACUCCAAAUCAGGGUCCCCCAGCCCUGGCAGCGCCGGCAGUGUCCCGGAGCUGUGCCAUCUCUCCCGGGCACCGGGACAGGCGCAGGGACAGCCGAGGCUCUGCAGGGCACGCUGGGGGCACGGUGCCGCCAGCCCCCGGCCUGCAGCACGGCCAGCCCGCAGGCAGACAGGCAGCACGGAGUCAGCACUGGGAUGCAGCCACACAGAAAGAUGUAGGGCCUCACAGGGAAAAGCCUCUGCAAAACAAGGGCCUUUCUUCUGAUCUUACAAAUGAGGUCUCAAAAGCUCAGGUGUUAAAGACAGAAGAAAAUGGAGAGUGCAGCCUCUCACAACAACCUACAAAGAGAAGCAAUCCACACAUUUUCAGGAGACCUUCAUCAUUCAUUUUUCAAGAAUAUUUAAAGACAGACUCUGUAAUGAAUGGCCCCAAAAUACUUUCUGCGUAUAAUUCAGGUCAUGUUAACAAAAUUCCCAAAGAGAUGAACUUCAAAUGCUAUCAGCAAGCACAUUCCAACCCCAAUGCUGUUAAUGAUACACAGGAAGUCAAACAGUGUCCCAGGGGUGUGCGUAAGCCAAGUGCCAGAGAAGCAGCUCUGCCAAGCACUGUGCCAGGGCCAAGCCAGAGGAAAGAGUCCUUGCCCUGUGCUCAGGGCCCACUCCAUGCUGAGUGGCAUUCAGACAUGGAUCAGGAUGUGUUUGAGGACAGCUUGGAAUUAAAAUAUAUGGAGAAUGCUCUUCUAAAUAAAAACGCUCCCAGGAAGCUGAACAGUUAUGCAGACAAAAAUCAGUGCUAUGAUUCUGAAGGAAAAAUUAUGAGCAAUAUUAGGGAACUAGUCCCAAACCAGCAAAGCAAAGUGCAGAGAUCACCAUUGUCCAGCAGCUGCAAAGCUAUGGAAGUGGAGCACCCUCAGUAUGAGGAGUCAGAUCAGGGAAGGAGGCAGUGUUGUGAUGGCACAAGCCAAAUGGCUUUUUUCAGACCAAAGGAAGAUUCCACAUCUCAGUCAUUACGUGAAGUCCAGAAAGAAAACCAGGGUAACAACAGCAGUCCUGACCUCAGCACGUGUCUGGAACAGGAGGAACCUCCUGCUCAGAAACACCAGCCUGUAUUUCAAACACAGCUCUCAAGACAGCUUUGGGAGGAGCAGGCUGGUGAGCAAAUAACCAGGCAGGCAACUCCCAUGCUUUACUAUCUUUCUGCAGGGAAAACCACCAGUGUCCUGCACCCCAAUAAGGACUCAAGGAGCUCACCAAAGGAAAUUCCAUCAAGCAGCUAUGCUGCCUCAGUACAGUGUCUAGAUAAACAAGGAGAAGGCCAUCAGCUUCAGAGGAGCAGCCACCACCAUCAGCGCAGUGCUGAUGAUCUCCAGCUUCAGAACAAAGAUCUCAUUUGGAGGAGUCCUGCCUCAUUCACAGAAGAGACUUUCCAGAAUGACUACAUAGAGAAACUUAAAGUGGCUCAGAAAAAGGUUCUCAAAGAAACCUCCUUUAAAAGAAAAGACUUACAGAUGAGUUUGCCUGUCAGAUUAAGACAGAAAUCCUCUAAAAGGCCAUCAGUUGAACACCUUCGGUCUUUCUCAUUAUCCAGUGCAAGUGAGGAUGCCAAACCUGUUCCUUGCUCCCCUUCUCAUCUAGAAUCCUUGGAAAGUUUCAAUAGAAAUGAAGACAUAAGGAGGCCACAAAAAGGUCAAGCAGGGGGAAGGAAAAGGGCAACCCAAGAGCAAAAGAAACUCUGCUACUCUGAGCCUGAGAAGCUCAAUCACCUAAUGGAUAAGGAAGUAACAUGGAGUCAAGAUAGGGAUGAAACCACUGAGCAAGGUACAGUGGCAUCCAGGGGAAGGGAUCUGGAGAACAGAGGAAAGGCAUUUUCCAGGACAGAGCUGAAACAAAUCCAGCACAGUGCACUGAUCAAAUACAUGGAACGAAAGAUCAGUCAAAGACCAGGGGGUUCACAACACCUCCCACUGCAUAAGCCACCCCUGCAGAAGAGGCUGUCAAAUCCCAAAGGUCCUCCUGGCCAGAUUUCCAACCCAAAUGGAAGCAGGAAGAUGCAAAAUGAUGAGGUUUUCUGCCAACUUCUCUCUGAACAAAAAUCACCAGAUGUUUUUCCUCCUUUGCCUCUUGCUCCCCCACUGAAUGGGACCAGCAGGUGUGAUCCCAGCCAAGGGGACGGGAGCUGUACCAGCAAGUGUCCAUCGGCUGAAAGUCUCCCACAGGCAGGGGGUUCUGCAUCUGGGAGAGCUCCUGAGAGACCAAAAUCCACACAGGACCCGUGCAGAUGUGCCAGAUGUGCGGCAGCACCGUGCGGGCGCUGCGGGAGCUGCCCCGGCGCCUCCAGCUUCCAUGAUCCUGAGAAAGAUGGACCCAAGAAUCAUGAACAUAGUGACAUAAGUGGACAUGUGUGUGGUCAGGAUAAAAAGGAGCAGACUCCUGAAACCUCCAUUCCUGUCCCAGGAAGUGGAAGCAAGGGGAGUGAUGGGGUGGAGGAGGAAUGCAGAACUCACUCUGUGAGUGGGAAUGCUGCACUCAAGCAUCCAGAGCAGCAGCAGCCUGCAGCUUCUCCAGGGCAGGGAAUGCUUCUCCACACAGCACCAGCUCAGCCUCACCAAGGACACAAACAUCCAGCCAAAGGUUUACUUGCCCAGGAAACAUCCAUGCACAGCAGCCACGAUGAUGUUCCCCUGGAGAGAGAGACUCACCUGCCCCAAAGGAGGCUGCAGUCUCCUCAGGAGCAGCGAUGCCAGGAGCUUGCUAUGGAGAUCAUUGCCAUGGACAGCUCUUUGGUGGACAUUCUCAUGCCUCAUCCUCUUAGAAAAACUGCUUUGGACCUGAUGGAGGGUUUGUUUCCUGUCCACAUUUCCAUGCUGGAUAAAUCACGCAGGAAAAGGGGAAAGGCACAGCAUGUUCAGGAGAAUGACACGAAAAGUCAUGGAGAUGGACCAGAAGAAUAUCCAAAAUCUGAACAUGAAACCAAGCAAAGGAGCAAAGAUCCUGCUUCUAUGAGAAACCAAGUCCUGAAGAGAAACAGAGACAGCACAAAUGAGCUAGAUGACAUCACAUCUAAGAAACUGGAACUCAUGGCCAGUCUCCAGUCCAGGCUGCAGGCGCUGUGGGAGGAACAGGAGCUGGUUCUCUUGGAAGUCAGGGAAUGUGCCAAGUGGGGCAAGGAGCUGGAGGUGCUGGUGCGGGAGCUGUGCAAGCCCAACGAGUUCGAGCGGUACCUGAUGUUCAUUGGGGACCUGGAGAAGGUGCUGAGCCUCCUGCUCUGCUUGUCCAGCCGCCUCGCCCGAGUCCAGAACGCCAUGAGCAGGAUGGAUGGCAACACAGAGCCUGAGGAGAAGCAAUCGCUGAAUGAACGGCACAAGCUCUUGUCUCGACAGCGGGAAGAUGCAAAGGACCUGAAGGAGAAUCUGGACAGGAGAGAACGUGUGGUCUCUGGAAUCCUUGCCAAAUACCUGACAGAGCAGCAGCUCCAGGACUACCAGCACUUUGUUCAAGUCAAGACCUCCUUGCUGAUUGAACAGAAGGACCUCGAAGAGCAGAUUAGAUUUUUUGAAGAACAGUUAGAAAAUCUCGAACAAAGCAUCCCCAUCUAACACCCACCACCAGGCCAGACAUUUUUAUAUCUUAUAUGUGAUGUUUCCCUGGAAAUCCACAGGCACUCCCAGGGCUCAGUUUGGUGGGUUCUUCCAAUCCUGUUGGUGCCACAGCAUUGACAAGUGUUCAGAUGCUCUGGGAUGCUCCAGGCACACUCUGGACAUGCCCUUCACUUGGACAGGCCAAGUGACAGCAUCUCACAGUGUGUAGCAAACUGCCUUGUGGACAUGACUGAUAGGAUUCAUUGCUCCUAUUAACUGAAUGUGUAUUUCCCCUUCCUCUUGGCUGUCCAUCUGUUUCCAGGUUGACAUCAUCUCAAUAAAAGAACCAUACAAAUAUUUGCCUCUUGUGGGAGGGUGGGUUGAGUGUUUGAAAUGAAAAAUUAUGUGGGUGUUCAGAUUUGAAUUGGUGAUUGCACAAAGCCAUAGGAAAUGUUAUGGACCAUUUCAGUGAAACUCCUGCACUCGUUUCUACUGUUUAUAUGUGUGACACAGUAAAAAUACACUGUAAUGAAAGAAAAUAAUGACUUCCUUUCUUGGCAGUUAUCACCCAUGAGUCUUUCCUGGCUCUGUGUAAUCCUGGUAUGCUGUUCAGAGGAGGUCAGAAAAAGGGUGGUCUUCACUGACAUCAAGGAGCCAAUCAGUCAUGUAGCCAUGAGUUUGGGAAUCACAAACUCUGAGUUUAUUCCUGCACAGUCAUUUGCAAAGUCCUUGCUGUGCUUUUGAAGAAUUUCUUUUUCAAGCAGCACCUUCAGGGGGUUGUUUUUAGGUAGUUUUCAAUUUUCAGCAUGCACAAAAAGCCUGAACAUGGGGGAAAAGCUCAGCUGCAGACUGUGCCAGGAGUGGAAGAGAUUAUUCGGUUUCAAUGAGACUUUAUAUAAAUCCCUCAGCAAAACUCUUUUAAGCCAGUGUUUGCAUUGAGUCAAACCAGUGAUGUUGUUGUAUUUAAAAUCUCUGUUUUGUUUGCAAGAAUUCAGUGAGAACAAUAUGCAGCCUAAACUACAUACCUAGACCAUGAAUAAAGCAGCCACUAAUUAAACUCAGGUUUCUUCCAUAGCCAAAACAGAUGUUCAUGGUGCCAUGAUGCUGGGCUUUACCAAGAAAUGUUUUACUAGUGGUGUGUGUCCUGGCUACAGUAAGUACCCCCACCACUGAGAGAAGCUGUCCUGCUUGUGAGGAAUUUUCUCUGGAAUUGCAUGUCACUGGCCACAAGAACUCUGGGAGCACAGUCACCAAGCUGCCAGGUGUGCUGUGGUUGUUUUAAUACCUGAGGGGAAAUGGCCAGACACUGUAGAGCCUGUGAGUAAUCUGCACAGUGAAGGCCAUAAAUACAGGCUUUUAAUACAUAAAUCGGAAAGCUGCCUUUUGAAAAUGGUUUUUAAAAUAACAGAAGCAAUGUUAAUGGAGAAUGGAGAAUUUAUAAAAUACAAGCAUAGCUUUUACAUUAUUUGAGAAGCCUGACUUAAGGUGCAUUUUAUUCUUAUUAUUCUGAGUUGAGAGGAAAACACCCGAUUGGAAAUAGGUGUUUUGUAAUUGAAGCUAAUGCUUGCUUUUAAGGGGAAAAAUGGGUCUGCCCUGUUUAUCUUAUCUUCUUAGGGUGUUGUGCCCACAGGGAGGGCAAUUUCUACCCCUUCCACAACUGGCACUCACACGUAUGCUUUAAAGAGCAAUAAUUAAAAAUAACUUUGACUCUAUUUUUUUUUUUUUAAAUAGUCUCCUUGGUACAGUGUUAGACUGUAAAUUCCAGGCAAAGUGAAAAAUGGUCACAGUGGCAGCAUCAGAACCUCUCUGAAGGCAAGCAGAGACCCCCUUUCAAAGUACCAGCAGGUCUGGAUUGUCAGGUGGGUCUCGGUUUUGAUACUGAUCAUUUGUUACAAAUUUAUUAGGAGGAUAAUGGUGAAAGUUCAUCUGGACCUCAGCCAUGUGCAGCAUUCCUGGCACACCAACAUACUAAGUCAUUGUAAGUGUCCCUUUCUGCUCUGGUCAGCUGUGGUCUCUGAAAUUACAGACUGAAGCCAAGAAAUAGUUUAAGCAUAUGCUCUUGAAUCUUACUGCCUUUUGCUGAAAGUUUGGUAUUUAGAGCACUAGUUACAUCCCCAUACCAACACAUGGCAGCUUUUUCCCAACUUCAGCUCAUGCAGCGUAGAAGGCAACAUGGCCAGAAACACAGAGUGUCUUCAUUUUACAACACUGUGAUCCCACACUGCUCCACAGUUCUUUCUGACCCUUUACCAUCAGAAGACAUAAUAAAGACUUGAACUCUCAAUAGCGGUAACUGGAGGUCUUUUGGGGAAGCACAUCCACAGGUAUUAUGGAAAUAAAAUCCUGUGCAGUGCUUGGGUAUAAUUACUGCUCAUACCAUUACUCACCAGCCUUCCAUUUGUGACCUCUGCAGCCACGGCACUGGGUUACCUCUGACCGGGGCCCUGGCAAGUGUCAGCUUCAAGAGAUUUCUGCACCUUGGCAAUGCCCUCGUGCUGGGAGACUUCUUAUGUGAACAAAGUCAGGUUGUGUGAGCUGGGGAAAUGCAAGGAAUGAAGAAGUUCCCUGGUACCUGACCUUCCAGGAGAGCAGGCAGGAAUUCCCCGCUAUGCCCAGCCUUGGGAGUCCCCUGCUGCUGCUGCCAGCCUGAUCCUUUCACAGGUAACACAUAACGUGAGCCCAGCUGCAUGGAGAGCUGUAAUCGGAGCUGUCUCUGUGAAUUAAUGACAACUGCGGCCAGGAGAGUGCAGAACAGCAGGGCUGGGGAGAAGGAAGGGGUGGAAGAGCAAACAGCAAGCACCCAGAUCUGCCCGUGGUGUGCCGGGGUGGGAGGCUGGUGGGAUUCCAGGAACCAUCUCUGCUUGGCCGCCCACACACGGGUGGCGUGGGGGGACCGCAAUAUUCUGUCGUGCUGGGCGGAGAAGGGCUGACUUUGGCUGAGAAGUGGCUGGAAUUGCCCUGGGCACAGCAGGAGCCUGCGGGAGCAGCGCACCCUGCCUGCCUGACAGCAGCGCGUCCUGGCAGCAAGGCAGGGAUUUCAGACACAGAACUCCCUUAGAACUUCAUUUAACAUCCACGUCAAUGUGUGGGAGUCGCUGCUGGACCAGGAGCUGCUGUCUCAGCCUUUUGCGCACUAAAAUGAGGGAUUUUCAUUAUUUUGUUUAAAACCCUAGCCUCACUUUCUUCGCUGGGGCGUUAUACUGGGGGACUUCUGCAUGUGGAACUAAUUAAGGAACAGAGAGCCGCAGGAGUUAAUACAAAUGUACUUUGCAAAAAGAUCUAUUUGGUGCUUGUGAGAGCUGUAUUUAAUAAGUAGAAGGAUAUUCUCUCUGCUUUGAGAAUUCAUGGCAACCAUCUGAAUAAUUUUUUU